CUGCGUACAUGACAUCCACGAUCCGUAUCAUCGAUCCGAGCCACUUCUUGUGGUACGGCAGGACAGGAUUGUGGUCUGAAGUCUGGUAAGAGUCAAGGCCGCACUGACGUUGGCAUUGUUUACACAGCCGCAGUUAAUCGAUUCCUUACAGCAAAUAGUGCGCGGGAUCCCUUGCCGUUUUUGGCGAACUUGUACAGGAUUGUAUCCGAGCUCUGCUCCGAUGCGUAAACUUGCCUUCCAGAGACAGGUACCCAGCACCCUCGCUUCGUCACCGCCUCCGCUAUCGACUUCAGAAUAGCAUGACAUUCAAGAAUAACACGGCCCACCCGUAUGAGGGGUCCGUCUUCUUCAAGACAAUUGAUGACAUCAUCAAUACCGUCGAACGGAAAAGGUUCUCUCUCACUCAGGUCACGUCCUCAAAGUGGAAGCUCCAACGCGCAGACUAUUUGUGCGAGGAGGCUAGCUUCGUUCUUAGGAUGAUGCAAGGAGACAUGGACGUGGGAGAGAAGACGGCCUGGGAGGCUAUGAGGGCGCGUGCUGAGAACGCGAAGAACUUCGGCGCGGCUCGCUACUUGGAUGCUGCGGAGGGUCUCUGGCAGUUCGCAGUCCAUGUUACUAAACAUCACCGCCUCAACCUCUAUGUCUCUAAUCAGGUUCCUGACUACGCAAAUCCGAUGCAGACCGGUAGAACCCAUAGACCUUUGCUCGCUCCCGGGCUCUCAAAGGAGCAUCGAAUCAUUCCCGGUCGCCAGCCCUUAAAGGCACAGCCUGACCUGCCCCCUCCCUGGUUGCGACGGCCGCCGAAGGACUACGUCCCGCAGCAGGUGCGGUAUCCGCCGGCACCCUGGCAGCAUCGCAUCACCACGCAAGCACCUGCGUUCCAACCAGCGUGGAUGCCAAUGUGGAUGCCAGGGCCAUCCCCAUUAUGGUACACCGUUCCGAUGCACUACUGAGUCACCCACGGGAUGUGCCUCCACCGCAUUUAUGCGGUCAAUGACUUUCAUGGAUUGACAGAUCGGCCCCUCAGCUCAGGCUACGGCGGCGCGGCGACUAUAGGUGGCCUAGUGGCUCGCUUUCCCCGUGAGCGCGUGAGCGUCCG